GGCCGUGAUAAGCCGCGACCAUAGCAAAGAUUAGCUGUUGUAGGCGUGUGUAGCUUGGUGAGGAGACCAGCUUAGCUCGCGUGGCAACGGCAGUGCAGUAUUUUUGUCUGAGACGAGGAGGAAUUGCUACGCGAGAUCUGGGUCUUGAGUCGUGAUAACUGUUCCAAGAUCGGAAUUUCUGUUAGUCAGGAUCGUUGUCGUUGGUUGUCGUGCCAGGAAUUUAUCUUCUAUUUCUUCUCCCCCAUCUUCUGCGUCUUCCCCUCGCCUUCUUUUCUUUCUCUUCAUCUUCCAUCUUCGAUCGUCGUCGAACAAGAGUCUUUUGUUACUGUGUUUUGCCUUUGUGAUACCCCUCCCUCCAUUUCGACGACUCCCGAUAACGAAGAACAUUCACAUCACAUCACAUCACAUCACAUUAUAAUGUCUUCUAUGAUGUUCCUCAACAGGGCUGGUGCCCGAGGUAUCCGCAGCGCUGCUCAAGCUCAGCAAAUGCGAACUGCUGCGACUUUGGCUACCUUCAAGACCCCCAAGGUCUUUAACGAGCCCAACCACCACUACGUCAAGGGUAGUGAGCAGCGCGAGGGUCUGACUGCUGCUAUCGAGAAGCUCCAGAAGAAGCUGCCCAUCGAGGUUCCCGUUGUGGUUGGUGGCAAGCAGAUCAAGGCUUCCACCCUCUCCAAGCAGCAGAACCCUGCCGACCAUGCCACCACUGUCGCCUCUUACCACACUGCUACCACCGCUGAUGUUUCGGCCGCAAUCGACGCUGCUCUUGCUGCCAAGCCUGCCUGGGAGGCCCUCCCCUUCGCUGACCGAGCUGCCGUCUUCCUCAAGGCCGCCGACCUCAUCUCCACCAAGUACCGCUACGAUAUCAUGGCCGCCACUAUGCUCGGCCAGGGCAAGAACGCUUGGCAGGCCGAGAUCGACGCCGCUGCUGAGCUGGCUGAUUUCCUCCGCUUCAACGUUCAUUACGCUGAGCAGCUCUACAACACCCAGCCUGAGCACAACUCUCCCGGCGUCUGGAACCGUCUCGAAUACCGUGCUCUCGAAGGUUUCGUGUACGCUGUCAGUCCCUUCAACUUCACUGCCAUUGCCGGUAAUCUCCCUGGUGCCCCUGCUCUUCUCGGGAACGUCGUUGUCUGGAAGCCCAGUGACUUUGCCAUUGCAUCCAACUGGCUCGUCUAUCAGAUCCUGAUUGAGGCUGGUCUCCCCAAGGAUGUUAUCCAGUUCGUUCCUGGUAACCCAGUUGAUAUCACCAAGGUCGUUCUAGAGCACAAGGAGUUUGCUGCUCUCCACUACACUGGAAGCACCGCUGUCUUCCGUCAGCUGUAUGGCACCAUCGGUCAGGGUAUCGCUGAGGGCCGAUACCGAGGCUAUCCUCGUGUCGUUGGUGAGACUGGCGGCAAGAAUUUCCACCUGAUUGACCCUACAGCCGAGAUUGACAACGCUGUCAAGCAGACUGUCCGUGGUGCCUUUGAGUUCCAGGGCCAGAAGUGCAGUGCCACUUCUCGACUUUACGUCCCUAAGUCCAUGUGGCCCGAGUUCAAGGAGAAGCUUGUCGCUGAGGUUGAGGCCAUCAAGAUUGGCAACCCCACUGAACACUCUAACUUCAUGGGUCCCGUCAUUCACGAGGCUUCAUUUAAGAAGCUCUCCGGUGCCAUUGACGAGGCCAAGUCCGACAAGGACCUCGAGCUCGUUGUCGGUGGAAAGUACGACUCUUCCAAGGGCUACUUCAUCCACCCUACUAUCUACGCCACUACCAACCCCAACCACAAGUUCUUCUCUACUGAGUUCUUCGGUCCUAUCCUCACCACCUACAUCUAUGACGAUGCUGCCCCCAACGCCAUGGCUGAUGUCUGCAAGCUCAUUGAGACCACCUCCGACUAUGGCCUAACUGGUGCCGUGUUCGCUGCUGACCGUGAGGCUUCCCGCUUCGCCGAGGAGCACCUCCGUAACGCUGCCGGUAACUUCUAUGUCAACUGCAAGAGCACUGGCGCUGUUGUCGGCCAGCAGCCCUUUGGUGGUUCUCGUGCUUCCGGUACCAACGAUAAGGCCGGCAGCCAGAACCUCCUGACCCGCUUCGUCAAUGUUCGGGCGAUCAAGGAGGAGUUCACUCCUACCACCAAGGUCACCUACCCCAGCAACGAGGUCUAAGUGCUGACUACCAGUAUACCGUCUGCAUACAAAAGCUGGAGUGGAGUUCGGGCAAUGAUGAUACCACAUGGAUGACUUACGAAGGUGAACUUCUAUAGGGCUGCCCAUGACAGAAGGAAAAGAGCACACAUCUAACAGCACAACUAGCUGUCACAGGCCACUGAGAGUUGGCUAUCGAUCAAGUAUCUUGCCGAAGAGCCUAGGAAGCAAAACCAAGGAUCUUGAAUCGCUGCAGCGUGGUCAAGCCUUGCUCGUGGGUCCGUGGCUUGCCAGGGGUAUGUUCUUGGCCAAGAGCCGCCCCAGGGUCUCUCUCCACGUUGGUUCACCCAGGAAGGUGAUGGGUGGAUUUCAUCCGUAGUAGGAUUGGGGAAAAUGAUGGGGUGUGCCGUAUGAUAGAAAAGGCCGUCGACGUCGAAAGUACGCGCACGUGCUCAAUUCAAUCCAAGGACGAAUAACAAAGCCGAAUUAUCUAGUUGUGACCUUUAUUGUUCCACAGUUGAAUCGAAUGUCGAAAAGAACCCUUGUCUUGUCCCAAUUGAUCCCGGAGUGUUUUGAGUCUGUGAGCUCCCAGGUUCAAGAUAGGACACGUGCCACUCUGCACUGGUUGUAUAUCUUUGCCUAUUUGAAAACCGAAGGAUGCAUGAUGCUUCUUGAAUUUGUUCGCUGCUCGGCGCUUUUUCAAAGGCUUGCGGAGCCGGAUGUGCAGUACCCUAUGUACUGUAGUAUGUAUAAGGGUGGAGGUGGAGACGAAAGGUUGGAGAGUUUGGAGAUCUCAUCAAGCUCCAGCUUUCGUUGUAGGCUCACGUUCUGAUCCCUAACUAUCUGAGCGAUCUGGGCCCAAGCUCGAAGGAUAUUGGUCGGUGCGGACUCCCAGUAUCCUAUUUCCCGAUCCUAUUUCCCUUUCAUUUGAUAGUGAAGGAUGAGAGGCGCUCGUGAAUAGACAAUUGAGCUCACUCACCUAAAAACCGUGACUUAUACCCAUCACAAGCAUCAUGAUACCUCGACCUUCAUUUCAUGUCACAAAGGUGCCAAUGCCGCACGCUACCAACCCUCGUGCCCUCC